AUGUUGAUUGACUCUGGUAGUAAUCAGAACCUUAUCGACGACGACACUUGGCGAAGCAUGCUCAGCCAAGGGGUCAACUUCUGGAAACCGAAACAUGUCCCGAACACGAUCUUGCGAGGAUACGGCCGUGAAGCAAAGCCUUUAGUUGUGUCACACGUUCUUGAGACAACAUUCAGCAUUGGAAACGAAGCCGACCAACGUCAGGAAACAACGAUCUUCUAUGUCAUCGACGGAGGUUCUCAGCCGUUGUUGGGAAAGGAUACUGCGAAGCGUCUGGGUGUUUUGAAGGUUGGACUGUCCGUCAACAACAUCGUUCCGGCUGGGAAUAGACCUUUCCCAAAGAUGAAAAAUGUCCAGCUGAGUAUUCCAAUCAACAGAAAUGUUACUCCAAUAGCUCAACGAGUCAGGCGCCCAUCGAUAGCACUUCUCAGUCGAAUUGAAGAGAAGCUGAAUCAACUACUUGUGGCGGAUAUCAUCGAACCAGUAUCUGGAGCAGCACCCUGGGUUUCACCGUUGGUAACAAUAGUCAAGGACAAUGGUGAUCUUCGCCUUUGCGUGGACAUGCGACGUGCUAACCAGGCUAUCAUGCGAGAACAUCACAUGAUGCCUACGUUUGAAAGUUUCCUUCCUCGGUUGAAAUCUGCUAAAUACUUCAGUCGUUUGGACAUCAAAGAUGCAUUUCACCAGGUAAGCUAG